ACUUCAAAUUAGCAAUCGAGAUACACUUUUCCCUCUGUAUAUUCCAUAAUAUAUUAUUGCCUAAUUGACACCAAAACGAGAUUUGAAACAAGAAUUAGUUGAGGAGAAAAGUAAAAAGAAGACGGAAAUGUUUCAAUGUAUAUCGUCAUAGUUACUAUGAGAACAAUACUAUUUUUUGGAAUCUUUUUUAUUUUUAUUUUUCAAUGUGCUAAAUGUAUAGAAUUAAAAAUUUUCGAAGAUCUCUUAGAAGUUCGUAGUCAAUCAGGUCUCUUCUUCCCAUUAUGCUCUAAAUCAUUUCAUCAAAAAUACGGAGAACAAGCGUGUGCAUCAAUUUCCUCUACAUUUUUAUCUUAUUCCACAGUUUCACUUCAACAGUAUACAUAUUCAGUUGGUUGUACCACAUCCGUUUGCUUCACUUUUUUGUCAUCUUUUUGCAAAACUGGCGUCAAAGUGUUUUGUUCACCUAGUUUAUGUGCUUCUGGAACUCUUCAAAUUGGAAGCAAAUGUCUUUCAAUUUCAACUGUCCCUGUUCAAGGAUACUCUGAAGCAAAUUAUUAUUGUAAUCCAGCUACAUUGAUAUCUUCUUUAAAACCAACAGAGAUUGAAUCAAUUCGAGACACAAUUUUGCCAACGUUUGCUGAUACACGACUAUUUUUGACUUCCGGACUCCGACAGGGAGCAACAUGGAAAUGGGGGAAUGGAGAUACAGUAGAACAAGAAGUAACGGGAACUGGACGUUGUUUAGCUUUACAAGCAGGCAAUCUCGUGGCAAUUGACUGUGAUUCUGAAGCAUACGUUUUUUGUGAAUCUGGAAGAGAAUGUAUUGCGAGGGACAAAGAAUAUUCUGGAACUGCAAACAGAACAUCUGAUGGGAAAAUGUGUCUUAUGUGGAAUGACCCAACAGUAUUAUUUCGAAGAGAAAGGGAUUUAGAGAUUUUGAAUCACAAUUUUUGUAGAUUUGUGAAUGACGCUGAUGGAAAAAAAUCAGCGACGCCAGUUUGUUAUACGAAACCAAAUGAAUUAUCCCAAUGUUACAUUCCACCAUGUCCAGAAAGUUUUAAUGAUGUCGUCCCAAUUGAAUCUGGUGACAGUUGCCCAAUUGGUUCAAUAUCAUGUGAUAACGGAUCGAAAUGUAUUUCUGAAAAAUUCCAAUGUGAUUAUGAAGUUGAUUGUAACGAUGGAAGUGAUGAGCAUAAUUGUGAAGAUUAUCUUCAAUAUUAUGAAUUGAUUGGUGCAUAUCGGUUAGCUGAUAACAUUAUUGAAGUUUGGACUUUUAUUCCACACGUACAAGGGUGUGCUCGAAAAUGCCGAGAAAGUCUUCUAAUGUGUGAGGCUUUUUCAUAUGAACCAAAAAGUCAAACAUGUCUUCUAACCGACACCUCACAAACAUUUUCCAGUCUAGCACGGAAAAUUACUUCUCUGUAUUACCGAAGACGAUUUUCUACAAAAGACGUUGAAUUCCAAGUUGAGAACAAAGUAUUAUAUGCGACAAAAUCGGCCAAAAAAGGACAUGUAUGUGAUGAUAACUACAGUCGAGAAAAGCUAUCAUCAAUUUGUAGAGUGCUCGGAUUUGGGGACCCGAUUUAUACUGUGGAAUCACAUCAAUCCGAAUCGUCUUUGGGACCACUGCAACCGACGACUUUACACCCGACGAAUCCUUCUUUCGAUUCCCCUUCUUCGGUUUCGCAGAUGAGGAGGACCAGCCCUUCCGCCACAUUGGCUCCUCGUCUGCCGGCCUGGAACUUAUCAUGUUUGAGGGAACCAAAUUGUACAUCUACUGUCAUUUCAACAUGUGAACCAAUCAGGUGCUCACAUUGUCAGCAAGCAGCUUGUGGUGAUGGAUCUUGCAUUCGAUUUGAUCAACUUUGCAAUGGACAAAUAGAUUGCCAAUCAGGAGAAGACGAAGAUUACUGUAGAGCAAACUCAUUUCGGUUGACCAAUGGAUCUGAUACAAGUGGAUACCUCGAGGUUCUGUUUCGAUCAAGAUGGGAACCAAUUUGUGCGGAUCAUCUUAACGGAAAAAUUUCAAAUUCUAUAUGUGACGCUAUGAGACUAGGAGAGCAUGGUUUCAUACUGUCCACCAAUGCCACGAUUUCUUCUGGAUAUAAUGUUAACUGUGAUGUUGACUGUUCUAUCCGUCGAUCAUCUUCAUGUACAAGGCAUGCUAGAAUAUCUUGUAUCUCACAGAAUGGAAUGUCUUCAGCUUCUCAAUGUGGACUUCGUUACGUUGAAGUUAAUGCUCGUGAUGCUGCAAAAUCUCGAAUUGCCAGAGUUGUCGGAGGCUUUGAAACAGUUCCUGGUGCAUUUCCCUGGACAGCUGCUUUGCGGAAUAAAGCUACCAAAGCUCAUCAUUGUGGAGCAUCGAUUCUAGACAAGACACAUUUGAUCACAGCAGCCCAUUGUUUCGAAGAAGACGAAAGAGUAUCCUCGUAUGAAGUUGUAGUUGGUGACUGGGAUAACAAUCAGACAGAUGGAAAUGAACAGAUUUUUUAUUUGCAGAGAAUUCACUUUUAUCCAUUAUAUAAAGACAUCUUCUCACAUGAUAUUGCAAUUCUUGAAAUACCGUAUCCUGGAAUUGAAUUCAAUGAAUAUGCUCAGCCUAUAUGUCUUCCAUCAAAAGAUUUUGUGUACACGCCUGGAAGACAAUGUGUUGUAUCUGGAUGGGGAAGUAUGGGAUUGCGUUACGCGGAACGACUUCAAGCAGCUCUCAUUCCAAUUAUAAAUCGAUUCGAUUGUGUGAAUUCAUCCCAAAUUUACUCAUCAAUGUCAAGAUCAGCAUUCUGUGCUGGAUACCUGGAAGGUGGUAUAGAUUCUUGCCAAGGUGAUUCCGGUGGUCCAUUUGCGUGUCGACGUGAAGAUGGAGCAUUUGUAUUGGCUGGAGUUAUCAGUUGGGGUGAUGGUUGUGCACAAAAGAAACAACCGGGUAUUUAUACAAUGGUAGCACCAUAUCUUUCAUGGAUCAGUGCAAUUAUUAAUGGCCAACCUGUUUGAAUUCAAACAAAAAAAUGUGUAGCUCGGAAAAUACAUGAAAGAUCUCUCUGAAUAAUAAAUAUUUGAAAAUUACAA